GAUAAAUACCUAAAACGAAACCAAAACCAAAACGUGAAUUAUGUAGUUCGACUGGUGCUCCUUUUAAUAAAAACCUACAGAAUGUUAAUUUAGCACUAGUAUCUGUAGCUUGGUAAUUCUGCGGGGAAAACAGAAUCGGUGUGGGGUAAUCAUCAACCCUUAUUUAGGGGCUGCUAACUAUAGUGAGCGCGUUGAAAGGGGUGGGUGGUUUGGGAGAGCAUCCCGCAUGCGUAUUAUUCCACGGUCAUGCUAAUGGGUCGAGAUUCUCCGGAGUGCAAGAUCUGGGGCUUGUUUCUCUUCAGCACCCACCAGGUGGAUGGAACGCGACAGGCUAAAGCGCGAGCGCCUUUCCGCCCGUGAGACCCCGUGCAGCCGAGCCAGCCUGCGACCAAUAGGCGCUCAGCAUCGGCUCCCAGCAGCACGCGCACACUGGCAGCCGGAGAGUUGAUACACACAGAGACACGCGCGCGCUCCCUCUGUGUCUCUCCCACACACACACACAGAGUGACCGGGAAAAAGUCCCUUCAUGUCUUGCCACGAGCCACCUGCUCGGGCAAGGUGUGCAAUAGCAGCAGCGGAGCGAGACGCGGCCAGCUCCGCGCGGGAUUCCAAGCGGGCGCCGCGAGCCCCCGCCCCAAGAUGAUGAUGAUGAUGCCGCUGAACGGGAAGCAGGCGUUCGGCAUGCCGCCGCCGUCCUCCUCCUCCAGCCUGGCCGAACCCAAGUACUCCAGCCUGCACUCGUCGCCUGCCUCCAACUUGUCCUCCAGCCCGUCCAGCAGCAGCGGCGGCGGCAGCAGCAACAGCAGCUCCGAGACGAUGUGCCGAGUGUACUUGCCAACAGCCCCGCAGCCGCACGCGCACCCGCACCACCACCAGCACCACCAGCAGCACCACCAACAGCAGCAGCACCCGCCACCCCAGAACCUGGACGGCGAGCUGCUGGAGCACAUGUCGCCGGGCCUGGGGCUGCCCACCAUCACCGGGCCGGACGGCAGCGUGGUGUCGCCGCCUCCCCCCAGCGCUCCCCCUCCACCCCCACCCCCCCACAUGGCCGCCAUCAACCACAUGCACCAGGCCAUGAGCCUGGCGGCGGCCGCCGCUGCUGCCCACGGCCACGCUCACGGCCACGGGCACGGCCUGGCCUCCCCGCACGGGGGGCUGGCGCCGGGCUGCCUGGGCGAGGUGGACGCCGACCCCCGCGACCUGGAGGCGUUCGCCGAGCGCUUCAAGCAGCGGCGCAUCAAGCUCGGAGUGACCCAGGCGGACGUGGGCUCGGCGCUGGCCAACCUGAAGAUCCCGGGCGUGGGCUCGCUCAGCCAGAGCACCAUCUGCCGCUUCGAGUCGCUGACCCUGUCGCACAACAACAUGAUCGCGCUGAAGCCCAUCCUGCAGGCCUGGCUGGAGGAGGCCGAGAAGUCGCACCGGGAGAAGCUCAGCAAGCCCGAGCUCUUCAACGGCGCCGACAAGAAGCGGAAGCGCACGUCCAUCGCCGCGCCGGAGAAGCGCUCGCUGGAGGCUUACUUCGCCAUCCAGCCGCGGCCCUCCUCCGAGAAGAUCGCCGCCAUCGCCGAGAAGCUCGACCUCAAGAAGAACGUGGUCAGGGUCUGGUUCUGCAACCAGCGGCAGAAACAGAAGCGCAUGAAAUACUCCGCGGGCCACUAGCCGGACUCCUGGAGGGGGGCAGAAGAGCAACUGGAGAAGCCCCAGACUGUACAUUCCCUCCCUCCCCUCACCCACUCCCUCACUCCCCCUGAUGGAGAGAGUUCACGUGGACUUGGCUGCAAGGACCUGAUCGCCAACAAGUAAGACUUUUCUUUCUUUCUCAAUGCCACCCCACUGCCAGCGAAACUGGACUCGCCAAAACCCGAUUGAGACUUUGCGCUAGACUGAGAAUUUCAGGUUUAUACAGAUGAACAAAUGCAACAAUGUCUUUCGUUUUUUUUUAUUUUGAAAACAAACAAUCGUAACACGCUGCGUUUACAGCAACCGAAUGAGUACCGGCUGAACUGAAAUGAUAGUGUUGGCAAACUUGCUGUAACAUUGAUCUGAGCUUCGUGUUUUGGAUUGUGCUCGUUCUUUUUGUUCAUCUAAGGGUCACCUUUUCUACACCUCUGUUCCCUCUGUGCCUUGUAAUACACUGGUACAGGCACAUCCGAUCCGUUAAACUGAAGUAAAGAGCAGGACUUUUACUCGAACAUUUGAUACAAGUUCUCGUGCAGUCUCUUGCUAUCGAUUGUUUAACGAUUGCACUGAAGCUUUCCCACAGAGCUCUUCCAUCAUCAUAAGAAAUAUACAAGUUCGUCUUAAUUUUUUUGGCAAAUCAUAUCACUGCGCUCAGUGGACAUUAUCUUUCUGCAGUUUCUUUAGAAAUCUGGGUGAUCACUUCCAAUGCCCCUUUAAAUUUCAGUUUCAAACCCCUUCCUCCCCCCCACCACCCCCCAACAACAAUAAAAAAAUCUCUACGCGGUUAAUGGGGAUGGCUGUGUGAACAGCCUGGAGACCUCUCCUUGUGUCUGAAGGCUAUUAUUAGAUUACUACCAAACAUUCUGAGCCUGAAUUAUUCAUUCAGAUCGUCUCCAAAGUUAAUUUCAUGUUCACUCGAAUUAAUUCCGCCUGUUUAAUUCAAGUUGUGAUAAGAGGAGUAAAUAAAGGGGUUAUUGAAUUAUUUAAUAUUUAAUAUAGUAUGUUGAUUCAGAGACUGUAAGAAAAAUGAUCGGACAAGUUAAGAUUUGUCCGUGUAUUUAUUCUUUUGAAAAGUAUCUGUAACGAAGAAGGACGAAAAUUCGAGGAGAAAUGUAAAUCCUUGAUGUUCGGCUGACAACACGCCACCUUUUCUCCCAACCCCCACCAGCCCCCGUCCAAAAUAAAAGGGACAUUGAAAAGGAUUUAACAUGCGCAUAUAUAUGUAUCAAAUUUCAACCGGUUUUUAUUUCGGCAUUUUUUCCCUGGGUUACCCUCUUGCAUUCUGUGACAACGCGCAAGAAGGUUCAAACCCUGAGUGUAAGACCUGAUCUUUGCCGAUCGAUCAUUAAAAAUGCAACGUCGGUGUAACGGUCGUGAGAUCUGCUUCGAUUUCGAGUACAGUUUAUUUUUAAUUCAUCCUUUGUGUUUUGUUUACUGGAGGGAAGAGGUUUAGAGGUGCGUUUAGGAAAAUUAAAAUAAAUCUGCUAAUUUUCAUGACCACGGGCGAUUGAUGCACUGCUGAAAUACUUCGUUGUUUAGUACUGGCCUAUCUUUUUAAAAGAAAUAAUAAAAUAAAGGUACCUGGUUGUGUACCUGAAUAUUGUAAAUAUCAUCCAAUGAACUUGAUGCACAUAUAGAUAUAUUCUUACAGAUUUUGAUGUGUUGCUGUUAAAGCAGAAACAUUUUUACGUGACAAGCGCACGAUUUCUGUACGUAUAUGGUGUCUUAAAAUUUUGUUUCUUUGUUUGCUCUGGAGAGGUUUAACUUUUUUAUUUAUUGAUGUAAUUCAGUGUUAAGUUAUUGACAUUCUGGUUAUUAAAUGACUUAUUUAAUUAAGAAAUUCUUCGACUAUUCUUUCGAAGUUGAGCCAUUUUAGUAAUAUUUGACUUCUGUGGUGUAUGUUUUCAUUGCAGUUGUGGUUCUGGGUAUU